GGCCUGUAGAUGCCUUUUACUUCAAACUCCCUGAAUAGAUAGUUUUACUCCUAAACAACAGGGUGGUGGCUUUUAGAUGAGAUGUUUGUUGUUGCUUUUCUCAUCUUGUCUGCGAUGACUUGUCAGCCUGGGAUAACCAUGCAGGAGAAGGUGAAUCGGAGAGUAAGCCGGGCUGAUCAAGGUUCCACCCUGACAGCAGUUAACUGCCAGCUGAGCAGCUGGUCAGAGUGGACAGAUUGCUUUCCAUGCCAGGAUCAAAAGUACCGAUACCGGACCCUCCUGCAGCCAAACAAGUUUGGGGGAGACAUAUGCAGUGGUGAUGUCUGGGAUCAAGCCAGCUGUCACAGUCCCACAGCUUGUCUAAGGCAAGCACAGUGUGGACAGGAUUUCCAGUGUAAGGAGACAGGUCGCUGCCUGAAACGCCACCUUUUGUGUAAUGGAGACAGGGACUGCCUUGAUGGCUCUGAUGAGGAUGACUGUGAAGAUGUCAGGGUCAUUGACGAUGAAUGCAGCCAGUAUGAUCCAAUUCCAGGAUCAGAAAGGGCAACCUUGGGGUAUAAUAUCCUGACCCAGGAAGAAACUCAGAGUGUGUACGACGCCAGGUAUUAUGGGGGCCAGUGUGAGACAGUAUACAAUGGGGAAUGGAGGGAGCUUCGAUAUGACCCCGCCUGUGAGCGUCUCUACUAUGGAGACGAUGAGAAGUACUUUCGGAAACCCUACAACUUUCUGAAGUACCAUUUUGAAGCCCUGGCUGAUACACAAAUCUCCUCAGAGCUCUAUGAUAAUGCAAAUAGCCUUCUUUCUAAAGUAAAAAAUGAAAAGUCUAGGUCAUGGGGAGUGACCGUUGGCAUAGGCAGUAGGCGCCUCCCAAUAAGUGUGGAAGUGGGUAUAUCUGGAUCAAAACGCUCUUCAUUCUUGAAGAAGUUAAACCAGUAUAAUGAGAAGAAUGACUAUGGUACCCAUUACAUCACUUCUGGAUCAAUGGGUGGCAUUUAUGAAUAUAUUCUGGUGCUUGACGAAGAACAUAUGGAAUCAUCUGGCAUUACCAGCGAAGAUGUCAAGAAAUGCUUUGGAGGCCUUGUGGGUAUUGAAUUUAGUUUUAAGAAUACCAUAAGACUUGGAGGAGCUUUAUCAGGAGAAGGUUGUAGAAGAUUUAUAACUAACAGAGCUGAAAGCAACAGGCAGAACAUGGCUGUGAAAGACGUCAUUUCUCGGGUCCGAGGUGGCAGUGCUGGCUGGAGUGGUGGCCUGACACACGAUGAAAGCAUCAUUACAUACCGUUUCUGGGGGAGGUCAUUAAAGUAUAAUCCUAUUGUUAUCGAUUUUGAGUUGCAGCCCAUCUAUGAGUUGCUGCCGCACACAAACCUGGGUCCCCAAGAGACCAAACGUCAGAACUUGCGCCGGGCCUUGGACCAGUACCUGCUGGAGUUCAAUGCUUGCCGCUGUGGGCCUUGCUUCAACAAUGGGGAGCCCAUCCUUGAGGGCUCCAGCUGCAGAUGUCAGUGCCCCCUGGGCCGCCGGGGCCCCGCCUGUGAGCAAAUGGAGCACAAGGGAGCCAAGGCGGAUGGUAGCUGGAGUUGCUGGAGCUCCUGGUCUUCGUGCAGAGCAGGCACCCGGGAAAGGAGGAGGGAGUGCAACAACCCUGCACCAGAGAAUGGAGGUGCCACGUGUCCAGGACGGAAAGUGCAGGCGCAGGCUUGCUGA